AAUAGGGAAAGAUUGUAGUUUCAACUUGAGACCACAUUACCCAGAAUCCAGCGUGAGCGAAAGUCGCCGCACCUUCGCCGGGUGGAGCUUGUGAACGUGGGAACGUUUGUGGGUUGCUGCGGGUUUGCGGGAGUAAGAAAAAAAAAAAAAAAAAAAAAAAAAAAAAAAAAAAUGUUUGACAGGCGAGGUGAGGAGAGCUGUGCGCGGGGAUAGGAGCAGAGAAGUGAAGUUGUUGGUGUGCGCCGGUUCAGUUUUUGAGUCAUCGCAAAGGCAGGCGUGGGAGCCACAAAUGGUUUGUACGAGUCUAAGCAGCAACAGGGCACGGAGAGAAAUGUCAGGGACUGUUUCAGGCUUGAGCAGAGGGAAGCGCCACUAGUAACACCGCAACGCGGAAAAUAUUCAGAGGGGGGUGAGAAUGCGAAUGGUGCGAAGAUCCCGAAAUCAAACCACAAAAUGGAAACGAUGUAGCGUCGCUGCGGCAUUUCAUAUAGCUAGAACUAACGUUAGAGUAGAGAGUAGAUAGCUAAAGGAGCUAGCGGCUCAACUAACACAUACAUGUAAAGUUAUUCCCCGGAGAAAGCUGAAGCGGAGCCCGGGGGAGGAGGCGUCUGUUGAAUCGGAAGAGUUCAUCAGCAUUGAAGAAGAAAAAAACAAAAACAAGAAGAUGCUACGGAGGAGAUUGAACCGUUUGCUCGGCGGUGAUGAGAGAAGAGUAGACAGUAGGACUAUCUAUGUUGGUCAUCGGUCGUGUUCCACCACUGAGGCUUUCAUACCACCCAAGUUCUGUGAUAACAGGAUUGUGUCCUCCAAGUAUACCGUUUGGAACUUUCUACCAAAGAACCUGUUUGAACAGUUUAGAAGAAUUGCCAAUUUCUACUUCCUUAUCAUCUUCUUGGUUCAGGUGAUAGUGGACACCCCCACCAGCCCAGUCACCAGUGGCCUACCCUUAUUUUUUGUGAUCACAGUAACCGCUAUCAAGCAGGGCUAUGAGGACUGGCUACGGCACAAGGCUGACAACGAGGUGAAUAAGUACCAAGUGAAAGUGCUAGAGGACGGCCGGAGGAUACAGAAGGAGAGCGAGAAGAUCAAGGUUGGAGAUGUUGUGGAGGUGGAGGAAGAUGAGACCUUUCCCUGUGAUUUAAUACUCCUCCAGUCUAGCCGAGACGAUGACACAUGCUUUGUUACCACAGCAAGUCUGGAUGGAGAGUCCAACCAUAAAACACACUACACAGUGCCAGACAUAGAGAAGGAUCUGGAAUCUCUCAACGCCACCAUUGAGUGUGAACAGCCACAGCCUGACCUUUACAAGUUUGUCGGCCGUAUGCACAUCGACAAAAAUGAUCAAGAGCCUGCAGUGAGGUCAUUGGGUCCAGAAAACCUUCUGCUGAAAGGGGCAACUUUAAAGAACACUCAGAAAAUAUAUGGUGUUGCAGUUUAUACCGGCAUGGAGACAAAGAUGGCUCUCAACUACCAGGGCAAGUCUCAGAAACGCUCUGCUGUGGAGAAGUCUAUCAAUGCCUUCCUUCUGGUUUACCUUUGCAUACUGGUGAGCAAGGCCCUAGUGUGCACUACACUUAAGUAUGUAUGGCAGAGCAAGGAUGGACAGGAUGAGCCUUGGUACAACGAGAAAACCCAGAGGGAGAAGGACACCAACCUGUACCUAAAGAUGUUCACCGACUUCCUGUCCUUCAUGGUGCUCUUCAACUUCAUCAUUCCGGUGUCAAUGUAUGUGACGGUUGAGAUGCAGAAGUUUUUGGGAUCCUUUUUCAUCACAUGGGACAAGGACUUCUUUGACCCUGAAAUCCAGGAGGGGGCACUCGUCAACACUUCAGAUCUCAAUGAGGAGCUGGGACAGGUGGAGUACGUCUUCACAGACAAGACAGGCACCCUCACCCAGAAUAACAUGGAGUUCAUAGAGUGCUGCAUCGACGGCUUCCAGUACAAGUACCGGGACGCAAGCUCAGAGUUGGAUGGGUUCUGUGUCACAGAUGGACCUGUGAGCAAACUACAGCAGAAAGCUGGCAGGGAGAAGGAAGAGCUGUUUCUGCGUGCCCUGUGUCUGUGCCACACAGUCCAGGUGAAGGAGUCUACUGACCAGGGUCAAAGCCAACAGGACGGACUGAUAGACCAGGUGGAUGGCUUAGAGGUGGAUGCAGGGCUGUUCCACCCUCCACAGGAGCAGCGAGGCUUUAUAGCCUCCUCACCUGAUGAGGUUGCUCUGGUCAAGGGUGCCAUGAGGUAUGGCUUCACAUUUCUGGGUCUGGAAAGUAAAACCAUGAAAAUUUUGAACAGGAACAAUGAUGUUGAAAUGUAUGAACUGCUUCACGUGUUGAACUUUGACCCUGUGAGAAGGCGAAUGAGCGUAAUAGUCAGAUCCAAGUCAGGUGAUACACUGCUCUUCUGUAAAGGAGCGGACUCUUCCAUCUUUCCCCGCGUCAGACAGGAGGAGGUCGAAAGGAUACGCAUGCAUGUGGAGCGUAAUGCAACAGAGGGCUACCGGACACUGUGUGUGGCCUACAAAAUUCUCAGCGCAGAGGAGUACGCCCAGGCAGAUGCUGGGUUGAGGGAUGCUAGGCUGGCUCUGCAGGACAGAGAGGAGAAGCUCAUGACUGUUUACAACCAAGUGGAGACCGGCAUGAGUCUAAUAGGAGCCACUGCUGUAGAAGAUCGGCUGCAAGAGGAGGCAGCAGAGACCAUGGAGGCUCUGCAGGGGGCGGGCAUUAAGGUUUGGGUCCUAACGGGGGACAAGAUGGAGACGGCAAAGUCCACCUGUUAUGCUUGUAGAUUGUUCCAGAGAAAUACAGAGCUGUUGGAGCUGACAGUGCGUACUCUGGAGGAUGGAGAGAGGAGCCGUGAGGUACGACUGCAUGAGCUGUUGCUUGAAUACCACAAGAAAGCUGUACAGGAUGCACCACCAGUCAAGGCAGGCGUCAACAGGAGCUGGUCUUCGGCGGGCCAGGACUAUGGUUUCAUCAUAGAUGGAGCCACUCUGUCGAUGGUGCUUAACAACUCCCCUGAAUCCAACUCGAGUCGCUACAAGAACCUGUUCCUGCAGAUUUGUCAGAACUGCACAUCUGUGCUCUGCUGCCGUAUGGCUCCUCUACAGAAGGCACAGAUAGUAAAAAUGGUUAAGAACUCUAAAGGCAGCCCAAUCACCCUUUCCAUUGGAGAUGGUGCCAAUGAUGUCAGCAUGAUUUUGGAAGCUCAUGUUGGCAUUGGUAUUAAGGGUAAAGAGGGUCGGCAGGCAGUGAGGAACAGUGAUUACGCCGUCCCCAAACUCAAGCACCUCAAGAAACUUUUGUUGGCUCAUGGGCAUCUCUACUAUGUUCGCAUUGCACACCUGGUGCAAUAUUUCUUUUACAAGAACCUUUGCUUCAUCUUACCUCAGUUUUUGUACCAGUUCUUCUGUGGCUAUUCCCAGCAACCCCUGUAUGAUGCGGCCUAUCUGACGAUGUACAACAUCUGCUUCACCUCUAUGCCCAUCCUGGCUUACAGCCUCUUGGAGCAGCACAUCUGCAUAGAGGUUCUGCUGGACAAUGCUACCCUCUACAGAGAGAUUGCUAAGAAUGCCGUGUUACGGUGGGGAACCUUCCUCUACUGGACUGUACUUGGAGUCUUCCAUGGCUUGCUCUUCUUCUUUGGUGUUCGAUUUUUGUUCAGUAAUCCAGCACUGCAGGAUAAUGGCCAGGUAUUUGGAAACUGGUCAUACGGAACAAUUGUCUUCACUGUACUUGUCUUCACUGUCACACUAAAGCUUGCUCUGGACACACGGCACUGGACAUGGAUCAACCACUUUGUAAUUUGGGGCUCUCUGGCUUUCUACGUGUUUUUCAGCUUCUUCUGGGGAGGAAUAAUAUGGCCUUUCCUGAGGCAACAACGUUUGUACUUUGUGUUUGCCAACAUGCUGAGCUCGGUGUCAGCCUGGCUGGUCAUCAUCUUGCUCAUCCUGCUCAGCCUACUGCCAGAGAUCCUGCUUGUGGUGUUCCGCAAACCCCGCGGGCCCCACGCUCGACAGAAGAAGAUGGUUCAGUCGAGCGUGGGGGGCCACCAGUCUCCCCGGUCUUCAGCCAGGCCCCUGCUCAUGAGAACCUUUUCAGAUGAGUCCAAUACUGUCAUUUAAACAGCUGUCGGAGGACGGCCUGCUACAAUCAUCCAGACUGCAGCUGUAACACCACUAUCCUACAAGCACCUGAAGGAGCGCGAGUGAAAGGCAGCAAGGACUCGCAACAAUGGUAGCUUCCGCUACUUUCAGGGUCGUGUGCCCAUCGGGUCAGAGCUGUCUGUCAUCGUGCCCGAUUUAAAAGAAAAGGAGAAGAAGACGAGGAAAGGAAAAAGAGAGAUGUGCUAACUGGGAGGAUGUGAUUUUAAAAAAGGGGGGGUUAGCAGUCUUUUGACUUUUUCCUCUCUGCUCCAUCCUUCUCUGCCCAAUCCCAACAGCUCCUAACCCCCCACGCAUGCCUGCAGAGCAGUGCCCUGCAUAAUUUUUUUAAAAUAUCUACUCAGAUGACAGGCAUGAGUUUUCUUUCUUUUACUUCUUCUUCUUUUUUUUUUUUUAAAUACUAGCUUACAAAUGAAUGCAUACAUGGCUGCCUUGUCAUUAGCUCUACCAAACUGCUGUGUUUUAACAAGCAGUUGUAAUAUCCACUCCAAGAAUGGUUCACGUGCAUGAAAGAAGGCUCAAAAGAACGCUUCACUCCACUGAUGUUCACUCACUGUAUCCAGCAGCAUUUUUUAAUUAAGACGUAGAGAUCACAUGCUCAACGGUUAAAGGUUAUUCUGCUAGUUAUUGCACUUUUCAACGAUUAUUCUUUAAAUGGUUAUUAUAUGUUUCAGGAAAUAUACUCAUCCACAGGUCCAAAUUACUCAAGUUGAAAAGUUACUGAAGUUGAUUUCAACUCAAAGCAGACUGUUAGAACGGGUUUCUGGUUUAUAAAUGAUUUUGUGAUUAUUUGUGUUCAAUGCUGAAUCUCUAUUGUAAACUGAGGUAUAAGAGAGGUUAAUGGAGGCCAUAUUACCACUCGAUCCAAAAAGUGUGUGUGUCUGUGUAUGUAAGAUUGAGAAAUAGAUUAGAGACGUUAAGCGUAUUCUGGCAAUGAAACAUUGCUCGGAGCUUGACCUAAAUCUUCCAACCUCAGAGAUAAUUUAAGAGUGCAUUUAAGAUGAGAAAAUUAAUAUAUGUGCUGUACUGUAUAUAUAGCUUAGAGAUGUAUGAUCUGCUCAAAGCCAAAAAGACGAACGUAAAACGGUCUGAUUCUGUCCACACUAGUGUGACCUUUUUAAAAGUGACAAGUCAGUGUGUGUAUGCGUGUCGCCCUUGUGUUCAGCUGUACUGGAUGAGAAAAGCCAGAAACGCCUGCGUGUCAUGAAAACCAGGAUUACUUGAACCUUGUUAAUGUAGUUCGGUUAGACAAUUCCUGCACUAUUAAGGAAACUGGUUUCCUUGUCGCGUAGAUGGUCACUAAGGCACGUGAAUAUAUGCCUGAGCACACACACACACACACAUAUAUCAGAUAGACGAGAACAAUACACGCACAAUAAACACACACAUUGUACGCAGUAAAGCGCACAUGCACUAAAGCCUAAAUGAGGUAUUUAUGUUCAUUACCCAUUAUCUAGCUUGCAUAACAGGCUGAAGUUGGAGUGUAAAGAAAAUCAACUCCAGACCUGCAGAGUCAAUAUAGUUAAUGCCACUGUGAGGCUCGAUGCUCCGUCUCUUUCCUUCUAUUUUUGGUCAGAUUUGCUGACCCACAGGAUGAUAGAGUGGACUGUUUGGCCUUUUUGUUCCUUCCUUUAACUUGUGUGUAGUGCUUCAUACAUUCCAUGUAAACAUGCCAUGAUUUUCACAACACUUUUUAGAUAAUGAAUAUUUUUUCUUCUGUUCUUUUCCCCUCCCUCUCACAAACAUGUUUUGUCUAUCUCGAAUAUUUAUUGUUAUAAGUGUACUUUUAUUCACAAAUGUUAUACUUUUAUUACAUAAAUCUUUUUUUAUUGUGGAGAGUGGUCAGCUUUGUGCCAGUUGAGUUAGUCUGUGUUACUCCAGCCCUGAUGUGAGCCCGUGCCAAUCCCAUUUGAUAGUCUUUGUCAUAUUAUGCAAAGACAGGCAGCCCCCCCAAUAUACUCCCUACAUCCCCAAAUCAGUCAGUAUGGUGAUUUUAGAUUGUACUACACUGAUCCCUGCUCAAAUAAUAACUCCAGUACAGUACUUUCUAGUAUACCGGCCUUGUAUUUCACCUUACAGUCGUAAAACCAAAUGGAGAUUUAGAAAAAUUGUUAAUGUUGAUUUGUUCUUUACAAAUGGGGGGUGGGAUUUCAUUUCUUUAAGUGUAAUUUUCUACUUAGACAGUCUGUUUUACUGAUGUUAGGAAAGUGGGGGACACUGUUCUUUACUCUGUGACGUGUCACCUCCAGACUGCACUGUGCCGGAGAAACCAGGUGUAAGCGGACAAACUGAGAGGGGCUGCCUGCUUUGUAAACAAAUGAAAAACCUUUAACUGACAUCAGAGAUGCUAUUUUCAGAGCUUAAAAAUAUCUUGGAAUCUACUGUUUUGCCUGUCCAAAUGAAAAGUAUAAAAGAAUGGAUUGUAUUUUUAAUGCAACCUUUUUCCAGCCACGUUUUGUAAGAAAAUGUAAAAUGUUCAAAAAAAAGCACGAGAGGCUCUGUGGUUGUGGACACUGUCCCUGUCUGUGAAGUGGUGGAGGUGGACUUCAGGCACCUCAGCAGGCCUGUGUCAUGCAGCAGGGACACCUCGCCACCUCCAGCCCUUUGGGUCUCCAGCCUCAACACUCCAAACCUCUAAGCUGAAUGUACCUCUUUGAAACUAGUAUAUUCAAAACCUGAAGAUUUUCUGUAAUAAAGCAGAAUGUUUUGAUGAUAAA